GAUUCGAUAUUCAUGGUAUUUACCUUUCAUGAGUUGAUCAGUGCAGUUGAAGUUAAUUUGAAUGGUUGUGUCAUGAUUGGAAACCGAUUAAUAGUGUUUUCUCUGGGGUUUAUCACUCUGUGUAGUGUUACAGCAACCCAUCAAGUUAAUGUUACAAGUAAUAGUGAAAAGGUUCAACAUGAUCAAAACAAAGGUUCAAUUGGCCAUCCAUCCAAAUCAUUUGUAAGUCGUUUAUGGGAUCUUUUGCCAUCAGCUACAGAACACCAUCCAAAAGAUAAACACCACGAAGAGCAUCAUGAUGUUAAAGACUCUGAUUUUGGACACCAUUGGGGUCACUGGAAAGGACACGAUGAAAAAUGGGACAAUGGAGCCAAGAAACAUCAUGCCCAUGAUAAGGACGAGGAAAAGUUUGGCUACUCUAAACAUAUGAAAGAGCAUGAUAAACAUCACCAUAAAGAGUAUCACCGAAAAAAACAUGGCAACUUCCACCGAGAAGAUGGUAAAAAAUAUCAUCACCAUGAAGAUAAAGGACACGGCAAUGAAAAGAAAUGGCAUUGGGACAAAGCUGGCGAAAAGAUAAGGAAAUGGGGCGAUGAGAAGGAACAUGAUGACCACCACCGACACCGUCAUAAGGAUGAUCACCACCACCACAAACACCACCAUGAAAACCAUAAAGAUGAACAUGGCCACGAUGGCGAUCACGAGAAGCACAGUCAUGAUCAUCAUCGUCACAAGGAUCAUUGGAACCACCAUCACGACAAAGAUCAUCACGGAGGCGAUCAUGGUAAACAUGGCCAUCACGCUGAGUACCAUCACCAUUAUAAACACCAUAAACCAGCUGAUCCACAUGACCAUUGGCAUCACAAGAAAUGAUAGCCGUUAAAUAUUAUAGUCAUAUUUUAAUAAGUUAAAUUUGUAAUCGCUAAUUUUCUCAGUUAAACUAUUGAUUUAAUUUAUUUCUCCACUCUAUCCAUAUCUGUUAAUAAUAAAAUACUGAUUUUCUGUUA